AUGGAAUACUUUGAUUUCGAAGACGCGUCCAACGCCUUCCCGGCAUUGGAUCUGGACGACUCCUCUUCUCUCCGAGGCGAGGCCAACGAACAAGAGGCCACGGAAUGUUACGAGUCACUCUUCUUCGACAAGUCCAAUGCGCUUCCAGCGGUCCGACCUGCAGCCUCGGGAGUCAUCAAGAUGAAGCUAAUUAACAACGUGGAAAUCGAGGCCAUCCCGCAAACCUCGGAUCUGAGCACCGACUAUCCGAUGUUUCGUGCGAAAGAGUCGUGUGAACUAUGUGCGAGAAUGGGCUUGGACUGCUUUCUGGCCUCGAGAGGGACACUAAUCACUGGAUGCACCUGCUGCAUUUCGCUGUAUCGAGAAUGCAGCUUCGUCCACCCCAAGAUCCCCAAGGGGUUCGUCAGCACUUUCCCAGGGAUUGAAGAAGACCAGCAAGUCUGUUAUGGCACCUUGACUGAACGCCGGAAGGCCAUGAAGUCUUUAGAAGAAGGGCGUGGCCGGAAGACCGGCGCUCGAUUCCCAAGAGACGCCAUCAAGAUCCUGAAGCAGUGGCUCUCGGAACAUGCAGACCAUCCAUACCCCAACGAACGGGAAAAGGACGAGCUCAAACAAGUGACCGGUCUGAAGAGAAGCCAGAUCUCGAACUGGCUGGCCAACGCGCGGCGAAGAGGCAAAGUCAGGCCUGCUUCCGGCCCGUCGUCGCCGAUGUUGGGCGCCAUUGGUGCCAUUGAUAUCCCUCAGAGACAUGAGAAUCCCGACAUUGCAAACUUGAACCCGCUUGACCGUUGGAAGGCAUCGCCACCCGAAAACGAGCCUGCUUCCAUGACUGCCAUCGCCAGAGCCGUCACUGCAACACCGUUGCCUGUGAGGAAGCCAUCUGAGUCUAGCCUGCAAGGUUCCCGGCCCGGCUCUCGGCCUAGCUCCAAGAAAGCCUCGAGCGAGGACGAUUCGUCCUUCUCCAUGUUCAUCGCUCCGUCUGUGAGCAGUUUCGGCACCCGCGAAUCCAGUAACAGUGACCUCACCUUUGCCUCUUCACGAUCCAAUCGAUCCAAGGGAUCAUUCGCGUCAUCACAAGAUCGGCGGAGGCGCAGGAGGGCACCCAUGGCCCAACGUACAACUACACAACAGGCCAAGACUCGAGGUGCGAGGAUAUUCCAGUGCACAUUCUGCACGGACUCUUUCCCGGCCAAGUAUGACUGGCAACGGCAUGAGAAAUCACUACACUUGGCGCUGGAGCGCUGGACGUGUUGUCCUAACGGCGGCACUACAGUUGACGCCUUGACCGGGACCGAAAUCUGCGUUUUCUGUCGCGAGGCAAAUCCAAGCGCCGACCAUCUGGAGAUGCACAACUUCACGGCGUGUCAAGAGAAGACGUUGCAAGAACGCACCUUCUACCGGAAGGACCACCUCAGCCAGCAUCUCAAACUGAUGCACAAUGCCAAGGUGCAGUCACACAUGAGUGCAUGGAAGGCGACGACCAACGAGAUCAAGUCGUCGUGUGGCUUCUGUCCGUCCAAGUUCACCACCUGGCAGCAACGGGCAGACCAUCUUGCAGCCCAUUUCCGCAACGGUACAGACAUGAGCAUGUGGACCAACGGAUGGGGGUUUGAGCCUUAUGUGGAAAAGCUGGUGGAAAACGCCAUCCCUCCCUACCUCAUCGGCCACGAGAGGCUGACCAUGGAGCCCUAUGUGGCCAGGGCGCUACCCUCGUCGUCGUGCUCCAACACCGACGCAGGCCUGACCAACGGCAUGUCUGCAGACAGCGUGGAAAUUGACCAGCUCACGAGAGACUCCAACUGCUGGGGCCGACUGGAGCAGGAGCUGACCAAGUUCGUAUUGCAGCAGCGGGCGGCUGGGAGAAUCCCGUUGGACAAGGAUCUCCAGUGUGAAGCUCGCAGGAUCAUCUACGAGGACGAUGAUCCGUGGAACUGGACCUGUGCCGACAAUCAGCAAUGGCUCGACACGUUCAAGUACCAACAAGGACUCAAUGGGGUCACCGAGGCCAUGAGUGCGCAUACUCUCGCCGAGGUGCCCAUCAUGGCGCCCUAUGUGAUCCCCGGCGGCUUAAAGUCCAAGUCGACGAGCCCCAAGCCCAUCACACGGCCGGGUCUGUUGUCUGCUGAAUUCAGCUCCUCGUUAGCCACCACCGGCCUGGACAGUGGCAGCCUGCCCAACUCUGUGACGACACCAGCGGGCUCGUUCGAUCCGACCAUGGACUUGGACUUUGACAGUAUCGACUUCAGCAAUCUCGACCUCGGCAUGAUGGAUGACAUGAGCUUCGACCUGGGACUGAACAACGUCCAGGUAGGAAGCACGGUCGACAUCAAAUCAGCCACCGUGACCACCAGCGCCAUGGCUCCGAUGACGACGAACCUGUCGUCGGCAGACGCACUUUUCGGGUCAUACAGCAUGGGUCCCCCUAUGACGGGGUUGAACAUGGCUUCCCACACAGCCAUGUCUGCAUUGCCACAGACAGAGCAGCAGGCCGACCCUAACGACUUCAUGAUAGAGCAUGACUUGAACCGAUUGACCGCGCAAGGGACGGGAACGGGGGCAGGAACAGGAACAGGAUAUAUGCCGACAUUUUGA